AAAAUGUUUUUCGAUCUCUAUUGUUCGUGGCGAGCUCACACAGACACGGAUUAGCGAAUAUCGCGAAUCCGGAGAAGUGUGCGAGAGAGUUCGUGGGAGAGGGGACGCAGGAAAAUAGUGAUGCAUCUUGUGGUAGCCGGGAAGGCGGGGUGUCCAUCGCGUGGGAGGAGUUUGUUGUUGGAGGCGUAGGUAGAGAGGCGGGGAACGAUGAGGUUCGCGGUUGGGCCUGCUUCAUUGGCGUUGCAGCACGGCUGUUGUAGCAAUGGUGUGGAGGGGAGGUUCAGGGAGGAUGUGGCAGCGUCGGGGAUAGUUGGAGCCGGAUUUGGUGCCGGUGCUUCCUCAGCGAGAGUGCAGAUCAGUUGCGGUUCGGGUUCAAGGGGUUUAGUUAUGAUCGGGAGUGGCCGGGAGGAGAGGCAAUUGGCGCAGAACAGAGCGGGACUCAUUGGUGGAGGAGGAUUGCAGGGAUUGAAGGGGAGACAAUUGGUGUUGAGAGGGAGAGAAAGCGAGCAUGGGAGGCGAUGUCGGGUAGUGCCGCAGGCUUUGUUGCAGUGGAACAGAAGACCCGAGCUCGUUGGGGAGAUUCCGAGGGUGGUGGUCAUCACAUCAGGGAAAGGAGGAGUGGGGAAGACAACCACGACUGCCAACCUUGGGAUGUGUCUUGCGCGUCUGAACUUCAAAGUCGUCGCUAUUGAUGCGGACGUCGGCCUUCGAAAUCUCGAUUUGCUGCUUGGUCUAGAAAAUCGAGUGAACUACACAGCAAUGGAGGUUCUUAAUGGAGAGUGUCGACUCGAUCAGGCGCUGAUUAGAGAUAAGCGAUGGACAAAUUUUGAGCUCUUGUGUAUCAAUAAACCUCGGUAUAAAAUGCCUCUUGGUUUUGGAGGAAAAGCCCUUACGUGGUUAGUCGAUGCCUUGAAGAAGAGACCUGAGGGGCAACCUCAUUUCAUAUUGAUCGAUUGCCCUGCAGGUAUUGAUGCUGGUUUCAUCACUGCGAUUACUCCAGCUAAGGAGGCAAUUCUUGUCACUACUCCUGACAUCACCAGUCUGAGAGAUGCGGAUCGAGUGACAGGUCUUCUCGAAUGUGACGGAAUCAAAGAUAUAAAGAUGGUGGUGAAUAGAGUUAGAAGUGACAUGAUCAAGGGGGAGGACAUGAUGUCAGUGCUUGAUGUGCAAGAAAUGCUCGGUCUGCCUUUGCUGGGUGUUGUCCCAGAAGAUUCGGAAGUUAUCAAAAGCACCAACAGAGGUUACCCAUUGGUGCUUAAGAAUCCGCCAACACUAGCAGGUUUGGCGUUGGAGCAGAUGGCUUGGAGAUUAGUGGAAAAGGACAGCAUGAAAGCAAUCUUGAUUGAAGAAGCUCCACAGAAACGAAGCCUUUUCCCUUUCAUGGGUGGCAAGAAUUGAUAAUUUAAAGCUCAAUCAGUGCACUGGUUAUUAGGAAGUUUAGAGCGAUUGCACUGUCCACUGUAGAAUCUUAAUCAACUUUCAUAGCAAUUCAGAUCAUAGCAGUGCCUGGUCCAUCCAACUCUGCGAAAUGGUGGAAAAACCGAGGAUCAUGUAGAGGAGGCUGGGGUUGCUACUUCGCGAAUGUGACCUGGACUUCAAUGUCCUGAUACAGAAUCUGCGGUGUCCAUUCCUUACAUCCUUUUUUCGGGUUGAUUUGCUUCAAGAUAACAAAGUGUUGAAGUACUGAAACUUUGACAGUUGGGUAUUGUAACAGUAUUGUCGUUUAUUAAGGUGCACAAUUUAUUCAUAUUUGAA